UCACCUGCGCUUUAUCACUGCCAGAACCACUGAGCGGGCAGGGAGCAGCGUCCUCAGGGGAGGUGCAGGGCGAGAAGGAAAAGGUGGAGAGAGCUUGGCGCGGGAGCAUUUCCUGCACCUGUGGGAUGACUCAGUGGGCCCCCCAGCCCCGUGCGCAGCGCAGAGGUGCGCGCCGCCGGCGGGCAGGGGAGCGCCCGGAGCCGUGAGUGACAGCGGGGAGCGCCGCGCUCGCUCGCUAGCUCCGCCGAGGGGCGCGCGUGGGGAGCCAGCCCUGGCCGGAGGGCUGCGGGAUGGCCGUGGGCUCCGGCAAGAUGCAGCCCCCGUGCGACAGCGCGGAGCCCGCCCUGAGCCGCAGGCCGAGCGCCAGGCACCACGAGCCGCAGCAGCAGCAAUUGCAGCUGCGGCAGAAGCUGAGGGAGCUGCCGGCGCGGCUGCGGAGCGGGCUCACGCUGCGGAGGAAGAACCCCGCCGCCGGGGGCCGGAAUUUGUCCAGACGAAUUUCAAAUCCAUAUCUGGAAAACCCUUCAAGCAAGAUUUAUGGAGAGAGUUCUUCAUGUGCUGGGAGAGCUCUCAGGAAUAUUUUUACAGUUCAAGCUUCUGACUUGAUUAAAGACAGAGUGUACCUUACAGGAAUUUGCAGGAGAAGCUGUGUUGGAUCAGAACUGGUAGACUGGCUGUUGGAGCACUGUCCUUUUGUGAAGUGCAGAUCUACAGCAGCUGGUGUAUGGCAGCUCCUACUGGAUAUGGGAAUUGUGUUAUCAGUGGACAGACAACUUUAUUUUCAAGACACUCAUGUUUUCUACCAGUUCUCAGCUGAUGAAUGUACUUAUCUUUUCUGUGAAUUCGAAAGAGAUGAAGGAUGGCAAAAUGGUGUAAAACUCUUACUGCAGCUAGUGCCUCUUACUUCAUCCAGGGCUGCUAUAUGCAAUCUGCCUGGUCAAAAAAUAGAAGACACAGCAGAGACCAAUGCUGAAAUUCUUGCUCGCCUCACAUCUGCGGUACAGAAAGAACUGGCUGCUGUCAUUGCUUUGAAAGCAAGAAAGUCAGCAGUUCAUCAAAAUGAAGAAAACAGCAACCAGGAAACAAAAGGGCCAGAAGACUUCAAAUAUGCUUCUGAUGCACAGGCAGGGGUUUUGUGCAAGCUUCAGGAAAGAGAUGACAUUGGACGGAUUGAACUAGUCCAGAAGCUGGCAAGGGAAAACUGUCAGUUUUUGCAGGUGGAUAGAAAAGAACCAGAGAAGACAGAACAACAGAAUGAUGAAGUAUCUACUAUUGAAGUGAAGGAACAAGACCAAGAUGUUCUGGUGCUUAGGAAAGUGUCGUCACAUAGCCCUGCCCCCACAUCAGGGAGUGCCGAGAAUGAUUGGAGAUAUGUGGUGGUAUCAGGGACUCCAGAGAAGAUUUUGGAGCACCUUCUGAAUGACUUGCACCUAGAAGCAGUCCAAGACAAAGAGACAGAGACCCUCCUUGAUGACUUCCUUCUCACAUACACGGUCUUCAUGACGACGGAUGACUUAUGCCAGGCAUUGCUGAGGCACUAUUGUGCUAAGAAUGAUCAAGACAAGGAAGAAAAUGCAGAUGUUCCCUGUAGAAAACGAAAAGUCUUGCAUUUGGUAUCUCAGUGGACUUCUCUCUACAAAGACUGGUUACAUGAAGAUGAACAUUUAAAGCAAUUUUUAAAGACAAUAUACAGAAAUGUGUUAGAUGAUGUAUAUGAAUAUCCCAUACUCGAGAAGGAAUUGAAAGAAUUUCAAAAGAUACUUGGACUGCAUCGUCGUCACACCGUAGAUGAAUAUUCACCUCACAGAAAGAAUAAAGCCUUUUUCCACCAAUUCAGUCUCAAGGAGAACUGGCUCCAGCACAAAGGAACCAUGAAUGAAACAGAGGAAAUUUUCUGCCGUGUGUAUAUAACAGAACAUUCCUAUGUCAGCAUAAAAACUAAAGUAUCCACUUCAGCUCAGGAGAUACUGAAAAUUGUAGCAGAAAAAAUCCAGCAUGCAGAGGAGGACCUGACUCUGGUUACUGUCACAUUCUCUGGGGAAAAACAUGAACUACAACCAAAUGACCUGGCUAUCUCAAAAUCUCUCGAGGCAACCAGUCGUAUGUUUGUCUACAGAAAAGAUCUGACUGAUACUUUGAAUCCAUAUGCUGAAAAUGAGGAAUCACUGCAAAGGUCUGUGAGAAUUUUGGGAAUUAACACCUGGGAUCUUGCCUUAGAAUUAACAUACUUUGAUUGGAGUCUCUUCAAUUCAAUUCACGAGCAAGAGCUGAUAUACUUCACCUUCAGCAGACAGGGCAGUGGUGAAAACACUGUGAAUCUUAGUCUUCUGCUUCAAAGAUGCAAUGAAGUACAACUCUGGGUGGCCUCUGAAGUACUCCUCUGCAGCCAGCUCUGUAAACGUGUACAGCUAGUGAAAAAAUUCAUCAAGAUUGCUGCCCACUGCAAAGCCCAAAGAAACCUGAAUUCAUUCUUUGCCAUUGUUAUGGGUCUCAAUACUGCAUCUGUCAGCCGGCUGUCUCAAACCUGGGAGAAAAUCCCUGGGAAGUUUAAGAAACUCUUCACCGAACUUGAAAGUUUGACAGACCCUUCUCUGAAUCACAAAGCCUACAGAGAUGCAUUCAAGAAAAUGAAGUCUCCGAAAAUUCCUUUCAUGCCCUUACUUCUGAAAGAUGUAACGUUCAUCCACGAAGGAAAUAAAACUUUUCUGGAUAACCUUGUUAAUUUUGAAAAGCUGCACAUGAUUGCUGAUACUGUCCGAUCACUGAGACAUUGCAGGAAUAACCAAUGUGGAAAGCAUGCAGGCAAUGAAGUUCCUCCAAAGGAGAAUCAAGAGCUGAAGCCACAUGUCUAUCACCUGCACAUCAUUGACGACCAGCAAACGCUGUUUGAGCUUUCUCACCGGAUAGAGCCUCGAGCAUGAGCGCCCACAGCUUCAUGUAACCUUGUAACUGCAGCACUUUUAAUUAAGUGAAUGUUUAUGCCAAGCAUGUUGCUUCCCUAUAUGACAACAGUUUACUGAGUUUUAUCAGUAGUCACAUGAUACACACAGGAAAAUCAAGCAAAGCAAGAAAAAGACCUGUUCACAGCAUUCCAGGGCAAGGAUAAUUCCAUUUUCACUUACCAGAAAAGGAAGGCGAAGAGCAGCAUUGUUUAAGCUAAGAAGCUUGGUUUAUGUGACCGUAUUGGUGGUCCAGUGUAGCUUUCAGUCGAGACUCCGCCAGUAUUAGAGGGAAAGGAAGCAUCAUGUCACCGUAACAAAACAUUCCGGCAAGCAGCACUGUGUGACAUGGGGGUUCACAAUUCACCAUACAGUAUGUACCUCAUUAAUCUGAGGCUGCCAAAGUAUUUAUUGUUGCGCCAAAAAAAAAAAAAAAAAAAA